AUGGUUCAGGAUGAUGGAGAACAACAACAUGGGCAUACGCAGCAGCGUCAGCGUUAUUUAAGCCCUAUUGAUGAAGAAGGCAGUGUUUUUGAGAGCAGGGUUUUCUUCACGCCUGAGGGUACCCCCAGCCGAGCUCGAGGGCGUGGUGAAGCACAGCAAAGAUAUGGUAUUUCUACCCUAAGAGCGACCAGGUCACCUAGCUCUGGUCACCCUUUCCAGGGGAAUAGAGGCCAGGCCCGGCGGAUGCUGGAAACACCAGGCAACCAGCGAAUGCCGCGCUUCAACCAGGGCAACUCAAACCGGGGCAAUGAGCAACAAACACCACAAUCCAGCCAGGAUAACCGCUCAAACCAGGGCGAUCAGCAGCGACAGGCACCGCACUCCAGCCGCUCUAAUCGCUCCAACCAAGACAAUCAGUGGCAGACUCCGCACUCCAGCCGCUCCAAUCGCUCCAACCAGGACAAUCAGCGGCAGACACCACAAUCCAGCCGCUCCAAUCGCUCCAACCAGGACAAUCAGCGACAAACACCACAAUCCACCCAGGGUAACCGCUCCAACCAGGGCAAUCAGCGGCAGACACCACAAUCCAGCCGCUCCAAUCGCUCCAAUCAGGACAAUCAGCGGCAACGGACACCACAAUCCAGCCAGGGCAGACAACCCAACCAAGGCGAUCAGCAGCGACAGACACCACAAUCCACCCAGGGCAACCGCUCGAACCAAGACAAUCAGCGACAGACACCACAAUCCACCCAGGGUAGCCGCUCGAUCCAAGGCGAUCAGCGGCAACGGACACCACAAUCCAGCCAGGGCAGACAACCCAACCAAGGCGAUCAGCAGCGAC